AUGGCGGACAAUCCGGACUCCGCCAAUGUGCAAUCUACCUCACCAAAGUUAUACUUUAUUAAGGAGACGCGAGUAGCAAAGUCAACGAUACAACAGUUGACAGGAAGCCACGACCUUAUGACAACCUUCAACCUUUUACCACUCUAUAACCGUUAUGUUAAACAGAAGAAUGAAAACAAUGAAGAUCUGCCGCCAAUAGAGCCAACAUAUUUUCCGUUUAUUAGUGACUUACCAGGAAAGAACGUAAUAAGGCCAGGAAACUACAUUCGUGCGCUUUUGGAAGCACCAGAGAAAAGCUAUGGACCAAUCCACACCUUUUCUUCAUCGACACUCAGGGAUGGCUUUAGUUUGAGGCCAGGGCCUGUUCCAGGGUUUGAUCCAUCUGUUCUGGGCACAGAAGAGGACUAUAAGCACAUAGCAAAGGUUCCAGCAGGAAGAGGAGAACCAUUCAAACCUGCUAGCAAUAUUGACACAACAUCAGGACAUGCCAUGACGGGAUAUGCUGAUCCAAAUUCUGUGCACGGUUCACCUGCACAUCCAGCACAUAGCCAUCAUCAUCACCAUCAUAGCCACGGACAUCAUGGUUCAAAAUCAUCAACGUCUUCGCCCCAUGUUGACCGAUUGGAGCGUGGAGAAGAAGGAGGUCGGGAACACAAGCACAAGAAAAAGAAAAAGAAGAGAAAACAUGAACAUGACCAUGAACAUACACAUCAUGAAGGCGAAGGGGAUUCUGAACAUCGCAAGAAGAAGAAAAGGAAAAAGGAACGAGAGGAACAUGGGGACUAUGGUGAUCAUAGCGCGAUCAAUAUAGUGUAA